AUGUCCUCUCAUAUCAGUCAUCACUCGAGUCUUCUCACACGUCGUUGCAAAGUCUUCCUUCGCUUGCUAGAUGCAGAGAAACCGCCUGAGUGUACAAGUGCGAUCAAACCCAUAAAGCCUUUUCUUACAAUUGUGAUAUCUUUACCGCCGUUUCAAACUUUUGCGGGGUUUGCAAGUUUUGCGAGUUUUGCAUUCAGCUGCAGCGUUCGAAGUUUGGUGAAAGGUUGA